AUGAAGGCAGGGAGCACUCACUCUGAAUUGUUGAACACAUUCAACCCUGUUUCAAAUUGUUGAAAUGGGGAUCGCUUUAUUGUUGUUGUUGUUGUUACAAUUUGGGGAACCUUUGUGAAAAACCACCCAUUUUAGCUCAGCAUUCAUUUCUUCUGCUACCUAUAUCAAUUAUUGUUUUAAAAGCCAUGUUUUUUUUUUAAUCCUAAUAAAUUAAAAUUGGCUGGAGCAAACACAAAACCCCAGCGGCAAAAACUGAAAACAUUGGAAUUAUUUUUGUGCCAGGUUCCCCCCCCCCCAAAAAAAGAACACCCUGGGUGGGAUUCACCCAACCAACCCUGUCAGUGGAAGCCAUGAGCAAGGACUUCCACUAGUACCAUGGGGCUUUCCCCUUCUCCUCCUCCAGCAUGCUCCUGUACCACCGAAAUUGGCUUUUUGAGGGGUUAGGAGCUCUCAGGACAGUACAUGGUGGAGCAGAAAGGGAAUCAUUUCAUCUGGAAAGCAGAAAUGCUUUCACAAAUGGAGCAAUUGGAAGAGUGCAUAGCUGAAGUCUACCCCCUGUCUGGGCACUUAAAAUCUACAUCACUGAAUCAGUUUUUGUUAGGAGCUUCCCCCCCUCACCUACUUACAUUUGUGAGAGCAAACAACAAAACAUUCUGCUUGUAAAAUUAAUUUUCCUUGUUUCCUUUUCAUCACAGGCACCUUUUGUACGGAAAAUAGAGAGUGGCUGUAAAUACAUGAAAUGUGGAGAUGUUGUCUCCUACUGUGCAGGUGACUAUGCCCUAGAAGGAUUACAUUGUAAGUUUACCUCUGUGUAAAUCCUGCAGUGAAAAAGCGUACUGGUGGCAUAAUUUUAUCCUCAGAAGUCUGGGUGAGAGUUAAUACAUCAAGAUAAGGAUUUAAAUAUUUAUUUGGAAAUGCGCAUUUAAAUAUAUACAUAUAUAUCUUUAGAGAAAAUAGACAUCCAAAUAUGCAUUCAAAUACAUAUUAAAUACAUGUUUUGAGGCAUUUUUUUAAAAUGUAGAUUAAGGCAGAAAUUGAGGAGAACAGAAUUAUGGGAAGAAACAUGUAAAUGUUGCAUAGUCUGGAAAGAGAUAGAUUUCUAGAUGUAAAUGUGUUAUAGACUGGAGAGAGAUACAUUUGUCUAUCCCUCCUCACCGAUCUCUUGCUUCUCAUACUGAAACCUCAUCCCACCAUCUCUUAGCUUCUGGAAAUAGGGGUGAAGCUAAGUCUUCACCCCAUCUCUGCCCAGCCCAUUAUAUAGCCAAACCCUCUUACAUUUCAGCUGGACAAUUUGAUGUCACAUUCUUCACACCAUGUCUGUCCUUUGUAACCAAAUGACAGUGUGGUAAAGAUCAGGGCUCCAAAGCUUCACCUUUGAGGGGGAAGCCUAGACACGGACAAAGCCAGAAGACUGGAUGUUAAACAGCUGGUGCCUACUCUAUAUUCAUAACCAAGAUGGGGCAAAAGAGUAGGAUUGACAUUUGAACUGCAACCUCUAGGCACUGACAUUAUGAGGUCACGAAUUCCAUUCAUGAAAAAGACAACCUGUAGUAGGAUGGCCUCCAUUCUCCUGACCUCAAAUCCCUUUUACCCUCUGUUGUUCCUCCACGCUCACACCCUACCAGGUUUGGUGCCUGAUGUGCAAAUAAGGCCAAUACCAGGCCAAGGCUUUUCUUACAGUGUUAGACUACACUUUACAGUAUUAGUCUACCCAAAGUGUAGUCUAACACUGCAGAUCCUCCAAGUGUCCCUAUUUUCCAGGGAAGUCUCUGAUCUAGAGAAGCCAUCUCAGUUUCUGAAUUGAUCCUGGAAUGUCCCACAUUUCCUUAGGAUGUCCCUAUUUUCGCUGGAGAAAUGUUGGGGGGUUUGGAGUUAUCCAACCCCCAAGCAGUCUGAAGGUAAUCCUGUACAGUGGUACCUCAGGUUAAGUACUUAUUCCGUUCCGGAGGUCCGUUCUUAACCUGAAACUGUUCUUAACCUGAAGCACCACUUUAGAUAAUGGGGCCUCCUGCUGCCGCUGGUGCAAAAUUUCUGUUCUCAUCCUGAAGCAAAAUUCUUAACCUGAGGUACUAUUUCUGGGUUAGCGGAGUCUGUAACCUGAAGCGUAUGUAACCUGAAGCAUAUGUAACCCAAGGUACCACUGUAUAGGAAAGUUUUUAAAAUGUUUUAUUCUGUUUUCAUAUGUGUUGGAAGCUGCCCAGAGUGGCUGGGGCAACCCAGUCAGAUGUGUGGGGUAUAAAUAGUAAAAUUAUCCUUAUGGAAUGGGACUUCCCUCUUUUCAUCAGAAAAAUGUUGGAGGGUAUGAUGCUAUUAAAAAAACGACAAUGGUGUGCUCACCAGCAAAUGGUUUGGUUCCAUCCUAGGUGCCACAUGGAUCUAGGCUGUUUCUGGAGAGAAAACUCAGUUCUGACCAUCGUCUAAGGGAGACUUGAAAGUCCUCGUCUACUCUGUUCCCAUUCAGGAUUCUGAAGGGGGAGAGGAAAGGCGCUGUUAUUAUUCCUGCCAUGGAGUCGUACCAUCCCCAGAGCCUUCUGCUGAAGCAAUAUGCCCUCUUUAUCACCCUCCCACAUCCCUAAUCUGUCUCAGCGGCAUCAUUCAACAGCCCUUCAUCUCCACACCGGAUUCUGGCCCCAGCGGGCGGCCGUUGUCCAAUAUGGCC